GUAUUCAACAGCAUGCCAAAAAGCAAGAGAAAUGUUUUGAAUGUGCAGGACAACAGGAUUUGUCAAGGAAUAUGUAGCAAACUUUAGUUUUUAAUUGCUUUUAGGUAAUGUUGAGUUAGAUAUUGAGAAUAUAAAACUGGAAAUCAUUUGAAAAUACCAAUAAGAUAUUUGAAAUAUGAAGUGGGCGUUUCCACCUCUUAGCUGUGGAAUAUUUGGUGCUGGCCAAUGGGCCAGUCAUCGGCCUGUCAUGUAUAUGUUUGUUUUUGCAUAAAAGUAGAUGUUAUGCUUAGCUUUUCCUAAGCCUGCUAGGGAUUUCGGUUUGUAUAGAGAAGGAAAUAACUAAACUAGCUCAUGGCGUCCCCUAUAUCUGAUGAUUCAGAAACAUGGGCUUGGAAGCUGGUGAUGGAGGAUGGAGGACCCAUUAAAGCUCCAGUGACAGUGAAAUACACAAAGCUCUUCAUCAAUGGAGAGUUUGUGGAUUCAGUUUCAGGGAAAACAUUUGAGACCUUUGAUCCAAGAACAGAGGAAACUAUAACGAGUGUAUCAGAAGCUACCAGUGAGGAUGUUGAUUUGGCUGUGAAAGCAGCCCGGGCUGCCUUUGAUCAUGGCCCAUGGCCUCGCAUGUCAGGCCAGGAAAGAGGCCGCAUACUGCACAAAUAUGCAGAUCUGCUUCUCCAACAUUUAGAUGAAAUUGCAGCAUUGGAGACAUGGGAUAGUGGAAAACCUUUGGAUAUGGUUAAGAUGGGGGAUGUGCCCACCUCUGCUAACAUUAUGCGAUACUAUGCUGGCUAUGCUGAUAAAAUUCAUGGUCUGACAUUGAAGAUGAGUGGGCAGUACCAGGGAUAUACAUUGCAUGAACCCAUCGGAGUGUGUGGUCAGAUUAUACCCUGGAACUAUCCUCUCCUCAUGUUUUUCUCUAAGAUCAGUCCUGCUUUAGCCUGUGGAUGCACAGUGGUUAUCAAAUCUGCAGAGCAGACCCCCUUAACUGCACUUUACUGUGCUCAUUUGUCCAGAGAGGUUGGAAUACCACCCGGUGUUCUAAAUGUGCUCUCUGGCUUUGGAGAAACUACAGGUGCAACCAUUAGCAAACAUAUGGAUAUUGAUAAGAUUGCAUUUACAGGGUCCACUGAAGUGGGGAGAUUGGUGAUGGAGGCAGCUGGAAGGAGCAACUUGAAGGAUGUCACAUUAGAACUUGGUGGAAAAUCACCUCUUAUUAUCAUGGAUGAUUUUGAUAUUGAUGAAGCCAUAAAUAUUGCCCAUCGUGCUGCAUAUGUAAAUAUGGGACAAAUAUGUAUGGCAGGUUCAAGGGUCUUUGUUCAAGAGACUGUGUAUGAUGAAUUUGUGAAGAAAAUCAUAAAACGAGUUCAAAAACAAGUGGUGGGCGAUCCAUUUAAGGAAGGAGUUCAACAUGGUCCCCAGAUUGAAAAGGUACAAUUUGAAAAAAUAUUGAAAUACAUUCAAUAUGGCAAAGAAGAUGGAGCUAAAUUGCUCAUAGGUGGCAAUUCUUUGGGUGAAAAAGGAUUCUAUAUUGAACCUACCAUAUUUGCUGAUGUUGAGGAUAAUAUGAGAAUUGCACAAGAAGAGAUAUUUGGCCCAAUUAUGUCCAUUUUAAAAUUCAAGACUAUAGAAGAAGUAAUAGAAAGAGGGAACAAAACAAUAUAUGGUCUAGUAGCUGGAGUUCUCACUAACAACAUAAAUACGGCUAAUAGAAUUGCUAGAUCUCUUCGUGCUGGAAGAGUAUGGAUUAACAGUUUUUAUGCAAGUAGUCCAGAUUGUCCAUUAGGAGGUUAUAAAAUGAGCGGAAUUGGGAGAGAGCUUGGCCUUAAAGGCCUUGAAAGUUAUUUACAAGUCAAGUGUGUUAUUACUCCACUUCAAGAGUCGCCAUGGUUAUGAUAAACCCACCAGAUCUAUAUUAUAAUAUUCUCUCGUAUUCAAUUAAAAAUUAUUAUAUUUUAAUAUAUUUUAUCAAUUUGAAUUUA